AUGACAAAUAAUUCUGAAAAGCUUAAAAAUUUUGUCACUAACCAAAAUAUUAGAUUUGUUAAUUAUGAAGAAUUUAGUGACAUUAAAAAAUUUGAUAAAGGAGGUUUUGGUGUAAUUAAAAAAGCAAAAUGGAAUAAUGGAGGGGUUAUGGUUGCUUUAAAACAUAUAAAAAGAGAGGUAUAUUCUGAUGAAACUGUUAUUCGAAAUUUUAUUAGAGAACUUAAACAUUUGUAUACUAUAGGUUACCAUCCUAAUAUUAAUCAAUUAUACGGAGUUACUCAAGGUUAG